UGAUGAUGGGAAAGUGGAACGUGGUCGCUCCAUUGGUUCUCAGUGGAGCAGAUGGUCACAAAAUCGAUCGUUAGAAGAGCCUAAGGUGCAUUCACACCAAUGUUCUGCGUGCCAAGCUUUUCUUGUUGCAAAGAUCCAAUUUGGAAUCAAAUGCCAAUCUGUGUUUGAGAGCUUCCCCCGAGCUUUCCGAGUGCGAGACAAUAGAGUGGAGUACCAAGUUGUUGGCCUUGUUGGAGCUCAGAUAAUAUUCAAAGGACCUGUCAAAACGAAUGGAUGGUUUGCUUUCAAACCAACCACUCUCCACAGAGAAGUCCUUGCGUUAUCUGGCACAUGUGCGAUGAGUGCAGUAGGUUACAAUAGUUUCACUGGAUGUAUGGACCAGUAAUUGGAUGAGAGUUGGGUCCCGAAGCUUGGCCUUUGUUGGACCACUAUCACCCACAACCACCACCCCAAAAGCUAAACGGGUCAAGAAGGCCUGAGCCCUGAGAAAAAAGGAAAGAAAAGGAAGAAGGCCAGCACGAACCAACCAACCAACCAAGCACUGAAGGCAAGGUCAAGUGACCCGCAUCUUUCACUUUUGUGGCUUCCAUGUCCUUCUAGAUUAGUUUUGACAAGAAGGCCAAGCAAAAGAAGAUCCAUGGGCAGCUCUGACCCACCUUUGCUUAGCAAAAAGUAGCUCACUCGUUGCAUUGACCGACAACGCCUCACAUUCAAACCCGACAGGCUGGAAUACUCGAAAAUCGAGGGGCUUUUCUGGAAACUGCCUUCAUUUUGGAGAUAAUUUUGAGGAAUCUCCAAGUUCUUGCCGCAAGUUCUCCAACCUCUCUGCUCGGGCAUCAUAGAUCAGUUGUGUAAAUCUAUCAGGGCCUUAGGAACUAGGGUCUCUUGGGCAACAGUGUGCGACAUCUCGCUAAAGAUCCGAACCUUCACUAUUCGUGACCUCGGCCAAAGUCACCGUUACACUAUAUAGAUAAUACACGACUUGAGACGAUCAACUAAGCAACUCCAAACUCCAAGACCUAUGAAAGGCCAAAGUUGAUGAGACUAUCAAUGAAAUCAAAGAUAUUGUCGGUCGUGAGGAUCCAAUAAACUAAAAGCAUCUUAGCGAUCUUGGAACCCUUUCGGACUGUUUUCUUCUCUCUCUCUCUCCUUUCAUUUUUGGGACGAAGGACGCGGAGCCUUCUUAGUCACUCGGCCGUCCUCACCCAAAACAAGACUGAUCGUCCUGAGGAUCGUUUUUGUCUUUGGGUCCUUCAAGGCUGCUCAAGCGAAGAAAAGCCUUCUCUUGGCUUCUGGGUGAGCUCUUUGAAAGGCUCUCAUUGUCUUGAGAUAAACAGUGCGGUUUUCAGUGUCUAUGGUGAUUCGUAUUUCUUGCUGAUUGCUAUUGCUGCAUUGACUCCGGAGUGCAACCAAGGCCUAGAAGUAACCUUACCCGGAAGGCUAUUCUCCCGACUACGUCCAAAGACCUCUCCGAACUUGUGAGUGGGUGGGUAGGUGCCUUUGGGUGAUCCAGAAAAAUGAAGAGAGUGGUUGUCCUCAACUCGUGGAGGUCAUCGGCCCAAUUGGUGAUCCUCCUUCUGAUAGGAUUACUUCCUAGACUUGGUGAGAGUGAGAAUCUUCCCCAAAAAGGCCAGUCUCGGGCAGGAUAUCCAGCCUUUCCUCCUGGCGAUGCUCGACAGCCUUAUUUCAGGACCCAUGGGCAAACGUAUCGCAUCAAAGUGGGCGAUCCAGUCACCAUGACGUGCAAAGUGGAGAACCUAGGUUCAUCGGUGAUUGUAUGGAAACAGACGGAUCGGAUCAUUUCGGCCGGGGAACGUCUCAUUCGAAAAGAUCCACGAAUGCGUUUGGUGAAGGAACCAAAUGGUAUCAGCUUGCAUAUCACCCAUGUAACUCCGGAUGACAGAGGCUCCUAUAUUUGUGAAUUGGAGACAUACGGGGAGCCCAUCCAUCAAACAAAUGUUCUGGAUGUCUUAGUUCCACCGUCCAUCACUAUUCUGAACUCAGGAAAUACGUUGAGUGUGAGAAAAGAUUCCACCGUGUCGUUGGCUUGCAAUGCAUCAGGUUUCCCUCAACCCAGAAUCAUCUGGCAGCGUGAGUUCCAGAUGCUACCCACUGGUGAGAAAGAGCGGGAGGGAUCCUCUUUGGUUCUUCCAAAUGUCACGCGUUUGGAGAGUGGAACCUACAUUUGUCGGGCAUCCAAUGGGGUUGAUCGUCCCGUUGAGGCCAAAAUUGAGCUUCAUGUUAUAUAUGAGCCCGAGAUCCAAAUCGACAAAGCUUGGGUCCAUGCCGAUAUUGGUGUGGAAGUUGAGAUCUCUUGCAUCGUUCACUCCAGACCUGAUGCCGAGGUCAAGUGGUAUUUGGCCACGAUGCUCCUGGAUCCCAACGAGAAUCGAUUGAUGGAGAAAUUCGGCAUCCGACACUCCCUCGUCAUUCAUAAGGCCAGGAAAUCCGAUUUUGGCAACUACUCUUGCAGUGCCGAGAACAAACUCGGCCGCUCACGGGCUUUCAUUGAGGUGUCGGGUCACCCAAAUCGCGCCAAUAUAACGAGUCGUGCGUUGAGUUACCACAGCGACCGCUACAACCUCACUUGGACGGUGUUCAGCUACUCUGAAAUUUCCCAGUAUCGCAUUCUCUACCGAAAAGUCAUUCCUGAGAAUGACCCGAAUUAUGACACGCGGAGUCGUUGGCACAACAUUGUCCAGUUCUUCAAUCCUCGAGUGACUCCAUUGCAAGAUAUGGGUUAUAUGUUCUAUGCUUUGGAGCCGCAUAGUCAAUACGAGGUUAUCAUCACUUGUCAGAACCAAUGGGGUUGGUCGAAGAACUCGAGUCCUUUCUUCUUCUCUACCAGAUCCACAGACUUCAGCCCUAAGGUUGAUGCAUCGCAACCCAAGGGCCAUCAACCAUCGGAGAUUCUUGUGGAUGAUUCAUCUCUGUCAUCUGCCAGUGGAGAGCUCUCAUCUUCUGCUACCAAAAUUGGAGACGUGUCGCAGAAGACGGCAAAGACCAUGAUCCCAAUCAUAAUGGCCUAUUCUAGCCUCGUCAUCUCCAACACGUUCCAUCUGGGAGUAUGAAAAAAGGAAGAGCAAGGCCUCUAAAUGGAGGUUGCGUGAAACUCCAAUUGUCUGGCACAAUCAUUAGUGCGAAUUACACAGACUUCCUUUGUUCAGCAAUGCUCUUGAAUCAAGCUUGAGCGACAUUAAAGAGGCUUCACAGACCUCGAAGGUGAAAGUCAAGCCAUUUGAGGGACGAAGGAAAUGACAGCCCUCUUUCUGCGAAGAUUCAAGGAUAGGUAUUGUACAUUUGAGACGAGUGUGAAGUGCAGAAACUAUUUGUUGUGAUGCAGUUGUGCCAAGGUUGUGCCAAGGCUCCAGGCAAAUUCCAGAGCCGUUUCUGUGCAUUAAAAUGGAAGCAGAAAGAACCUGCAACUUGCUGGUUCCCUAUUUUGGAACACUCACGUACACCCGUGCACUCGCUAAACGACAGUGUGCCAAAAAAAGACCUCGUCCAUGAAGGGAGUUGCAAAGAAACGGGUCUGUUCACUUUUCAGGUGCAAUCAGAGUGCAGCUCGAUCAGUGAAAUGAAUUCUAAUAUACAUGUAACAGCAUAUUGGUUCCGCCAAAGGAUGAUAAUACUCUCUACAUUUAGAUUGAAACGUAUACAUUUAUAUGAUAACUUUGUUCCAAGAUCAAAUAAACUUACUUAAGAAACUUUUGGA